AAAAUCUGAUCCAUUUGAAGAGUCAUUAAAAUCAUCAAAGUUUGACCCAUUUGAACAAAUGUCAACAAGAGUGACCUCUGUUGAUAACAAAAAGUCUAAAGAUCCAUUUUUGGAUUUAUCUGGCCUUCCCUCAGACAAGCAAGGAACUGGCAGCAAAGGGGUGAAUACAAAUCUGCCCAGCAACUUGCUGACUCCCGCGAAUCAGCAUCAAAAUAUAGGAAGACACUCAACCAAUGAAACAUGUUCAACUAAACAAGAUCCAUUUGGUUCCCUUAUGAAUACAACAGCUGACCCAUUAAACUUUUCAAACAAAUCAGAUCCAUUUGGAUCUGUUGCUUCGGACACAUUUCAACCCUUUGCUGCAAAAUCAGCUGAUCCUUUUAGUUCUAAGCCAAUGCAAGUAAGGCCUUCAAGUGUUCAAAUGAAUUUUGCAAAUAGGCUACCAGGUUCUUUCAGUUCGAAUACGGCAUCAUUUGGGAACACACAUUUACAUUCCAAUCAACAAUUCAAUGGCAAACAAACUCCCUUUACGUCUAAUCCGCCAUUUGGCUCCAUGCCUCAGAUUGGUCAGCAACAUCAACAGCAUUCCAUGGGGGUACCCCGUCCCCAAGGCAACAUGGGUGCAUGGCAGGACAAUAAAAGUGCAUUGCAAGCUAGCACUGGUGCAUGGCAAGGCAACACAAAUGCAUGGCAGUCUUCAGUUCAGCCAGUCCCAAACAGAACAGCUCCUCAACCCCCAACAAGCAGUCAGAACAAAGGCAAGAAAACAGAUGACCUGUUGAUUAAGUUCUAGAACUUAUUGGCUUACAAGGACAUCAACGUUAAUAAGGACAUUGAUGUUAAUAGUGACACUGACUUCACAUGUUUCACCAUAGGCAUGAACUUGAAGUCCGUCCAACAACAUGGCAUGGCAUUUUUAGAUCUAGAGAGAUCUAGAAAGAGGGAACUUCAUUCAAUACACAACUGUGCUUUGGCCAUUAUUUAUUAAAGAAUAGGACAUUAUGGAAUUAUAUGGACCUGUGAUGAACAUAAAUAUAACAUAUUAGUUAUCCAUUAUUUGAGCAAUUCUGUGAUAUAGCAUGUUUAGUAUAGUAUAAUUUAUAGGAACAUUGCUUCUAUUAAUUAGAUAUUAUUCGAUUAAAACCCAUUGAGUUUUUGCUUCUUUCAUGAAAUAAUGUCUUAUUGUAAAAUUGCUGUUUAAGAAAAUUUUGCACUGUUGAAGUGAUUUUUUGUCAAUUUCCCAAAAAGUUGGACAUUCAUAUUUCACCAUCACGAUUCACACAGCCACUUUGUUUAGAACUUUCCAUGCAGUAAUCAAUAAGAUUGGGUCUCGUAAAUUGGAAUGGAAAUUCACAAUUAUUUAUGAAAGUGGCUCACUGAUUUAAUCUAAUUUAUCUAGUGAUGUUUGUAAAUGUCUAACAUUUGCAGAUCUACUUUCACAUAUAUUUUAUUCAGCGCAAUUUUAAUGACAUGCUCACAAAAACAUAUUGCAUGCAAAAUCUUCUAGCUUUACAGUAAAGUGUCAUAUAAAAUAUUUAAAACUCCAUUGAAAUAUAUCAAUAUUAUGUAAUUAAAUAGUUAUUUAAAAUUAUUAGAAGGCAGUUCUGUACUGUUCAGAAGCACUUUGUUCAAUAAAUACUGUACUGGCA